AUGAGAAAAUAUUUAUGUAGAGUAUCCUUUAACGUUGUUAUUUUUAUAAUAUUAUUUUGUCAUAUAAUUUUAGGAAGAAAUAAUAAGACGAUAAAAUGGAUAAGUAUUGAAAAGGAUGGUAAUUUGUUUAAUCAUGUAGUUCGAUAUUUUAUACAAGAUGAUAAAAUAUUGAAAAUAUAUACAAUUGAUAAUAAUAUAAAUAUGGAUAAUAUUGAUAACGAUUCUUAUAUAAAUAAUGAAGAUAGUUUGAUAAAGAAUAAUUAUAAAAAUGUUGAUAAUUUUUUUAAGAAUAUAUUUUAUAAUAAAGUUCCAUUAAGUUUCAUAAAAGAAAUGUUUUAUGGUUAUAGAAAGAAAAAAAUAUUAAAUUAUAGUGAAAUGAAAAAUUAUAAGAAUAUAUGUAAUAAGAUAUAUAAUUUAGAAGAAUAUAAAGUUGAGAAUAAAUGUGCUUAUUAUUUAUUUAGAAAUAUAAUAUAUAAUUUUAUACCUCAAAAUGCUUUUAUAAAAAAUGAUGGAAAUAACAAAAGAGUUAAUAAUAAUAUGUAUAUGAAAAAUAAGAGAGAGGUACCAUUUAAGUGUUCAUCAUAUAUAUAUUUUUUGGAUAAUAUAUUAAGUAAAAAUCAAAAAAAGAAAGAGGAAUGUAUUUAUAGGAUGAAACGUAUGAAUAUUUCUUAUACAUAUGUAGAAUAUGAAAUAAAAGACACUUUUGAAAAUAUAUUUUUUGAUCUAUUAAAAUAUAUAAGUAAAAUAAUGGAAUCGAAUAAAAAUGUAAUAAAUUUAAAAAAUUAUGAUAAUAAACAAUAUAAAAUGUUCAUAGUAUUAAAUAAUAUAAUAUUAGAGAAAGAAUCUAAAUUAAAACAUGUUUCUUUUUUUUAUAAUACAUUAGAAGAAUAUAUACAAUCAUUGGAUGGUAUAAACAAAAUAUUUGCAGAGGAUAUUAUAAAAGAAAUUAUGGAUAUAUAUUCUAAUCAAAAUAAUGAUAAUAUAAUAGAUAAUGUAUAUAAUGAGAAAGUAUUUCUGAGAUCAAAUGGGGUUGUUAUAAAUAGAAUGUCUAAUUAUAUAAACUAUAAUACCAAUAAUGAUAUAUUUAGAUUGUAUAAUGAUGAUAUUAUUAAUAAAAAUUCAUUUGUCUCUAACAAAAAAAUUGAUAACAAUAAUAAUGAUUAUGAUAAAAAGAAUGCAAAUAAAUAUGGAAAUGAAUUUUUAAAAUUUUCUAUAGUAAACAAUAUGAAUGAUAUAAAAAGUGAUGAACAAAAAGAUAUGUUAGUUUUAUUAAAUAAAUAUUUUUUUGAUUUCUACAUACAUAUAAAACAUAUGAAUGAGGAAUAUACAAAAUAUUUUGAUGUAACAUAUAAAUAUGAUGAAAUUAAAAAUGUGAAGAAGAAUAAAAAUAAGGAUGAUCAAUUAUUAAGAAAAAAAGAAAAUGAAGAGAAGAAGAGAAAGACAUUUUAUACAUCAUUUAUAAAAUUGAAAGAAAAAUAUAUGAAUGAUAAAAUAAAUAAUGAGGGCAAUAUUACUAAUGAAUAUAUAAGUGGUGAAACUAUAAAUGAUAAAUAUGUAAAUAUGAAGCAUUCGAAUGGUGAAUUAUUAAAUCCUAAAAAUAGUACUGACAAGAUAAUCUUAAAUUCAAUGAAUGUCUUAAAAAAUAUAACAGAUAAAAUAAAGAAGGAGAAUAAUUUUUCACAUGUUGAUAAAAUGAAUGAGAUAGAUAUACCUACUGUUGCAGAAGAGGAAAGAAAAAUUGAUGACUUUUAUGAAUAUGAAAAGAAGACUAUGACGAAAAUACAUGAGAAUAAGGAAAAUAUUUAUAGAAUGAUUAAUGAAGACUUAGAUAUAUUAUUAAAACCGGCUCAAGAAGAAUAUAUAAAGGUGGCUAGAAAUAUAAAAAAUAAAUUGUUACAGGAAUAUGAGCAAAUUUUGAAGGAACAAAUAUCAGACGAAGAAAUAUAA